AUGCCGAGCACGACACUUCUGAAGCGCGACUGGGAGAAAGACCACGUAUACUUGGUCCAGUUCCCAAGACCUGGCCUCGUUCCGACGCCUUCGCCUUUCGCUCUCAAACUCGAAACUUGGCUCCGCAUGAGCGAUAUCCCUUAUACGGUCAGUCUCAGAAAUAAAUAUCUGAAAAUCGGGCACAAAACUUCUUCUUGGGAGUCUAGAUGAAAGCCCUGCAUGUCCAAGCUGCAGAUUUUUGUAGUUCUCGAAAAAAUAAGGGCUCAAAGUCUCAAAGGACCCAUUUUAACAGGAUUCGAUGGUUCCCUUUGACUUUACGGUGUCCUUUACAGAAAAAUUUUUGAAGAUUAGGAAUUCCAGAAUCUUCAUCUGUUAUCUGACCGGUUUUCAGUAAAUUCUCAACCACAAAGUAAAACUAACUCCCUUACAAAAAUUCUCUGUGCUCUCCUGUCAUUACGGGCUCUUUUCCUGAUCUCAAGACCUUUCCGGUGAGAGAAAAGAGAGCCCAGAUAGGCUAGACUGUUUCAAAUAGCGCUUAUGAAGCCAAAAGUAGGAAACUUCUGAACAUCAAAUAUUAGAAGAUAUUAAAAAAUCAGAGAAGCCAGUCCGAAAAUCAAUAAGACCAUUUCAGAACAUCAACAACAACUUCACGAAAAUGUCGUCGAGAGGCCAAAUUCCGUUCAUCGAGCUCAACGGUCGUCAGUUUCCCGACAGCAACAUGAUCAUCGAGCAGCUCACUAAGGAGUUCCACAAGGUACAAAAAUAUCAUUUCUUUAACUUUUAAACCGAAUGUCAAGUAGUUCGAAUUUGAAAAAAUAGAACUACUCGACGAAAAUAAAUUUCUCAAAAGUGACAUUUUUCCCGUUUUUGAUAGUCUAUUGAUGUCUUCAAACUUGCAAAAACACUUGCAGAUGAAAAAUUUCCCGCCGAAUAGGAUGCCUGAAGAGACGCUAGAGAAAUGAGGGCAGCAUGACUUCUCUGGCGUCUCUCCGGGCCACUAUUGAUCUCUCGUUUUGAUUUUUUGAGCAGUCCAAACUCUGUUAAAAUUUUCAAAAUGUGUGGGAGAUUGUCGAAGAUGCCAAAAAUGAUCCAAAAAAGCAUCCCUUCUCAAAAAACACUUCAGGAACACCUCGACUAUCUCCAGCCCCAAGAGCGAGCCACGGCCCGCGCUUUUCAUGCACUUAUUGAAAGUCAUCUCACCUGGUUCGAUUUUUUUUUUCAUCAUGAGAGUAUAUUAUUAAUGGACAAGAUCGAAUAAUGUGUAUCAUAAAGGUAUUUCAAGAUACUUUUUGGGUCCUAACUUUUCAGAAAGUGAUUGAAAUGUCUUGAAACUUCACACAGGUAUUGAAUAGGUAAUUCAUACCUAAGAAUAGAACUUUUCUCGCUCAACUAAGAAUAGAGAUUUGAACGAAAAACUGAAAGUUUUGAAAAAUCAUAUUUUCCAAUACUGUACAAGAAUGGCGAUGAAGGGAGAAAGUAGCAGGUUGAUUUUCAAUAAGGCGAUUGAGAAGCCAAAUCAGAUCCAAAAUGUUUCCUAAAACUAUCCCUUUUUUCAGGAUUUCCCUCUACUCUCGUUCGCAGGACAACGCUUGGUUGGCCACUGAUCAGGGUUACGGUCAGCAGAUCACCGGGGUCAAGGGAUUCUUCUUCAAAAACGUCCUUUUGGGACAGAUGCGCAAGAAGGUUGGUCACAAAGGGCAUUCCGGAACAUUUUAGAAUAUUUGGACCGUUUUAUGAUAUUUUUUGUGUCAAUCCUGUUUCUGGCGUAGGUUUUAUAGGAAAGAAACAAUUAAGUUUACUAUUAGAAACAUUCGUUUUGACGUACUUGUUUAAUUAAUAAAGUUAAUUAUUAGUAAUAACCAUUAUUAAAUCAGAAAAGAGGCCCAUUUCCUGCUUACCAACCUAAUUUAUCGAUUUCAAAACGAAUAAUUUAAAUUUUCAGCUGACCAACGCUUGCACCAUUCAAGGGAUCGCCCGUCUCUCCCACGAGGAAAUCAUCGAUUGGGCCAAAAAAGAUCUCGAAGCGGUUUCGGCUCAACUUGGAGGCCAGCAGUACUUGAUGGGAGAUCGCGUCACGACUGUUAGUUUUUAAAAAAAGCGGAAAUGUUCGAACUUCAACUUUUCGGCUUCAACGGCAUUGCAAUGCGGUUGCGAUGCAAUUUGGCGCCAAUUCAAUAAUUAUUGUCCCUUUCAUGGAAAUCAUCUUCUUUUAUCUAGUAUAAAAGACCUUUAGCUGAACACGACUGGCUUGAGCUAUCGAAAAAAGGGUCCUGACACGAUAAUGCGUGAGAUAGUGCCUGGCUCUUGGAGAGCGCAGACACGCCACGUCCCCUUAGCGGCCCAAUAGAACCUUCUUUGAAAAUAUAUCGGUGAAAAAUUUAGUAUUUUCAAGAGGAAACCUGAGAGAAAAAGAGAAGUCUCAGAAACUUAAAAUUGGCGCCAAAAACAUGUGAGCUGCGAAUACUGCAGCCAUCAAGCCGAGAGAAAUUUAUUUAAAUACAAAAUUUGAUUAUUCGUGAAAAAUUUCAUCUUAUUCACACAAUGGGUGUGAGGUUGAAAAAACUUGACAUUUUUUUCAAAAAUCAUCUUCUUUCCAGCUCGACGCGACGGCUUUCGGCCACUUGGUCCAGCUGCUCUACACUCCACAGUUCACCGAAGAAAUCAAGGCUUUCAUAACGACCACCACGCCGAAUAUUGUACGUUUCUUCGUUCAAUUAUUGAUUUUUUUUUCGAGGUUAUUCAGGAAAAAAAGAUCAGUAUAUAGCUGAUUCACGGCUGAAUUGAGCCAGGGUCCUGGCAUGAUAAUGCACGAUAUAGUGCCUGGCUCUUGGAGAGCCCAGACAGGCCCUGCCCCUUAGCGCCCCAAGCUAGCCGUGAAUCAGCUAUAGUCCGUUUAUCGCGACUUGAAAAGGGGACUUCUCUGCGCCCUCCUUAUCUCUCGACGUCUCUCUCAUGUUUACGUGCUAUUUCCAUUUUUCUCUGACCUUAGGGAACAGGUUAGGGAGCAGAGAGACGCAGACACGUCAAGCCGCGGCGGUUGGACUAUAAAACUUAAUUUUGGUUAAUCUCAAAGAAGUAUUCCAUCAAAUCAAGUUAGGUUACUUGGCAAAGAGAACGAUUAUAUUCACCUUUUACCUGAAAAAUAUUCCAGGUAUCCUACGUCGAGCGAAUCAAGCAGCAAUACUGGCCGGAUUGGGACGAGGCCACCAAGAACCGAAGUCUCGACACCAAAUGGAAACUUUGA